GCACUUUGCUUUAUUCGGGACUCAUCCAAGGAAAUUUGUGGUCGGUGUUCGUCGCAGUGUUAGUCGAGGCGUGGCGAAGUCACCGGGUGCUUCCCGCGCUCUCUUGUUCUGUCUCUCUCGCUCUCCCGGCCUUACCGCGCACCGUGAACGGUUCUGCAGGCGAAAGAAGUGAGUUCUGUGAGGUCCGGUGGAGCUGGACCACCGUUUCGCAACGAGUAAAACGGGAAACGGGAAAUCCAUUUCACGCCUAGAGCCUGCCCUGGGUUCCACCACCCCAUUCAAGUGAACAGACGCGCCGCCAUCAUCCAUCAUGGCGACGAUCAUCAAAUCCAUGGUCAAGGGUUACAACUUUUUGUUUUACGACAUCGGAAACCCAGAAACGAGAGACUGGCUGCUGAUGUCCUCACCCUUCCCCACCUUGGCUAUCAUGGGAAUCUACUUAUGGUUUGUCAACGACUACGGCCGCAAGAUGAUGGAAUACAGAAAGCCCUUCAAGCUGGAUAGAAUCAUUCAAGUUUACAACGCUAUACAGAUAUUCUUAUCUUCCUACACGUGCUACAAGUUAUUAAAGCACGGAUGGUACUCAAGAUACAGCUGGCAAUGCGCGCCCGUGAUAUUUGAGCUGGAAGACCCCGACGACUACGCGAUGGCUUCCAUGAUGCACUUGUACUUUAUCACCAAAAUCGUUGACUUAUUAGACACGGUCUUCUUCACUCUGCGCAAGAAGUACAACCAGAUCUCCUUCCUGCACCUGUACCACCACACGGGCAUGGUGGCGCUGGGAUGGGGCGCCGUCAACUGGUUCACAACUGGCCACGGCACGAUGCUCAUGACCGUCAACUCCGCUGUACACACCAUUCUCUACAGUUACUACCUGCUGACUUCUAUCUCCCCGCAGUACGGCAACACGUGGUGGAAGAAGUACAUCACCAAGAUCCAGCUGUUGCAGUUCCUGUUCCUCAGCAUCCACUUCGGCAAGCUCGUGUUCAACAACCCCUGCAACUUCGCUCCCUUCGGUCUCAUGAUCAUCAUCCCACAGAACAUGUUUAUGUUCAUUCUUUUCUCCGACUUCUAUUACAAGGCGUACAUGAGGCCAAAGCCCGUCAAGGCCUCCAACGUGAUGCAGAGGCUCUGGGAGUGGCAGCACUACCACUUCGUGGAGAAAGUAGACCCCCGCAUCUCCAGCUACCCGCUGUUCGGGCCGUCACUGGGACUCGGGCCGCCAUGGGGACUGUUCGGCAUCGUGGCCGCCUACAUCUACUUCGUCAAGUUCCUGGGGCCGCGCCUCAUGGAGAACCGCAAGCCUGUGGAGCUGCGGAGGAUUAUGAUCGCCUACAACGCCAUGCAGGUCCUCUUCUCGGGGUACACGUUCUACGAGUCGUUCGUGGCGGGAUGGGGCGGUAGGUACAGUUGGUUCUGCCAGUACCUCGGCCCCGACGACUACACCCCAAUGGACAUACGGGCGGCGCGCUGUUCCUGGCUCUACUUUUUCAGCAAAAUCGUGGACCUCGCAGACACGGUUUUCAUUGUUCUGCGGAAAAACUAUAAACAGCUGUCGUUCCUGCACGUGUACCACCACGCCGUCAUGGUGCUCGGGGUGUGGUACGGCAUCGCGUACUCGCCUGGUGGUCACGUGACAUUCGUGGGCUUCCUCAACACGUUUGUCCACACCAUCAUGUACAGCUACUACUUGGCCACACUGCUGUUCGGCACUAAAAGCUUUAACUUUUUGAAGAAGUGGAUUACGAGAAUGCAGCUGCUGCAGUUCCUGGGAGUGUUCGUGCACUCGGCGCAGGUCCUGUUCCAGCCGUCGUGCCGCGUGGACCGCAGCAACAUGGUGUUCCUCAUGAUCCAGAGCGUCAUCAUGACCGCCCUGUUCUCCAACUACUAUUACCACGCGUACGUCAAGAAGAAGCACCAGGCGUAGACUGCUUCGUAGUGCAGCGCAGAACCUUCACCUCAUCCCACCACUAUCCCGGCCAGACUUUACUCAGCAGGACGACUGAACUGAUCUCAGGUGCCUACAUAUCAACUCAUUAUGUCUCAAACAAGGCGAAGAAAA